GCCAGGAGAGCUUCGGCGGAUCUGAGCCAAACAUUUUUCGGGGUCUAAGGCUGGCUGCAUUGCACGCCUUAUGCUUUACAAUAAGGUGGAGUGGGGGCAGUCUUACUGCAAGUAUCGAGCUGGACCUCCGAGCGAGAGAGCCUGAUGGACCCGUCGCUGUAGAUACGGUAGGUAGUACUUGAUGAUGAUGAUGAUGAUGUGAUUAGGCCGUAACUGCCCGCCAACCACAAGAUAAAAACCCUCGGCAGGUCUCCGUGCGGCUACCAAGUACUCGGCACCUUAUUUCAACCACACACGCACACACGCACGCACGAGACUACUUCUUUGUCGUCGACAAACCCACCCACUCUCAAAACAGACGCAACUUCUCUGAACAAACACGACGUUGUCAGACAUGGCCGAGUCAAUCGCCGUCGUUUUCCAAACCUUCCCCGGGCGCGAGCAACUGGACCCACAAAAUGCCAAGAGCAUCGCAGAGGUAGACGGCUACCGGAGCACGCUUGUCGGCCGCAAGCUCGAGGAUCCGGGGACGUUCGUUUUGUACACUGAAUGGAACACCACUGAGGCGGCACUCAACUACGUAAAUAAGAAGCUCUUUCCCGACGCAGACAAGACGUUCGUGUUUGCUAUUUCCCAAAGCCAGCUCCAGCGCUGGUCCGAUGCCGUCCGUUCACCGACUACCGAGAUCUUUACUGCGUUCGGUACCGAGGACGGCUUCACGGACAACCUGGGGACGUUCUUGAAUGCCUUGGACAAGGAUCGGCCGGAAGGCUUCCAUGGGGGUGCGUUCGGGACGGGAGUCCCGCUGGAGGGAGAGGGUGAUGAUAAGUUGGCGAGGGCAGCUCUCGGGUGGGAGAGCAGAGACGCGCAUGCCAAGGCGAAGGAGAACCCUGGCGUUCUUCAGGACAAUAUCCACCUGGUGAGAGCGCUGCGGAGGGACGUCGACUUGUUCCAUGUUCAAUUCACCUCGGUAUGAAUAGUGAAGCUUGGGUUGUGAGCUUGGGUGUCGCUGUCC